GCUCCGAUGCUCCGAGUGCCCGCACAUCGACAUCGACACAAUCGAAAAAUCCCACCAAAAAAGCCAUCCCGCAGUCCGAUUAGUACCACGCGCUUCGCUAUCGCCCGUUUCCGUUAAGGUCCACACUGAAAUUCCCAUCCGGGGUAACUUCUUUUCAAACGAUCUUUUCAAGGAAACCAGAAAUCGUCAAGAUGGGUGUCGCUUUCGACAAGUGUGAGACUCGGCCGGCCAAUAUCGAUGCCAUCCUCAACGGCCUGGACAGAUACAACCCCGAGACGACCACCGUUUUCCAGGACUACGUUGUACAACAGUGCGAGGACAGGACAUUCGAUUGCUAUGCCAACCUGGCAUUGCUGAAGCUCUACCAAUUCAACCCCCACCUUCUCCAGGCUGAGACCGUCACCAACAUCCUUGCUAAGGCGCUUACCGUUUUCCCAUCCCCUGCUUUCUCUCUUUGCCUCGCCCUGCUCCCCGCCCACACUCAGCCCUUCCCCUCCAACGCCGAGGCCCAGGCCGCAUCUCAGACCUCCGACUUCGUUGAAUCUGUUCAGAAGCUCGCGCGCCUCUCCACGCUCCUUGAGUCUGCCCAGUACGCUCAGUUCUGGUCCACCUUGAACUCCGAUGAUCUCUACGCCGAUCUGACCGCCGAUGUCGCCGGCUUCGAGGAGCUGGUCCGCAUCCGCAUCGCUGUUGAGGUUGGCAAGGCAUUCCGUGAGAUCAACGCCGAGGUUCUCGAGCAAUGGCUUGACUUGAGGAGCCGUGAGGCCCUUGAGAAGUUCGUCGCCGAGGUCUGCAGCUGGGAGGUCGACAAGUCCGGCCCCAACGGCACUGUUGUCAAGGUCCCCACCAACAAGGAGAACGAGGCCCGCAGCGAAGUCAAGAGCGAGCGCGUCGGUGUUGAGAUGUUCGGCCGUGUUAUCAGACGGGGAUUCGAGCAGGCUGCUUGAGCGGAGUCUCCUCUAAUCGAAAAUCUAACCGUGUCUCUUUCCUUUUCUUGCUAAUAUUAUGCCUCGAAGAUCCAACCGUGUAUAUGGA